AUGCCAAGAGCUGUUAAUAAAUUAUUUUCUAAAGCAGUUGAAAUUGAACAAAUUACCAUAGAUAGAAUAAUUGAAUCUUUAAAUCAAUCAGAUCUUAAUGAUGAUAGAAUAAUUAAUGAUAAUUAUAUUAAUGACAAUGAAUUGAACUUGACAGAAAAGCCAUUAGAAACAAUCAAAAUUGAACAAAUCACUACUGAUAAAAUAAUUGAAUCUUUAAAUCAAUCAGAUCUUAUUCAAAUGGUUUUGGACAAAGUAAACAAUGAAAAUAAUGAAUCAGAAAGUGAAGAUAUUGAUGAACCAAAAAUUAUUGUGACUAUUGCAAAUGUUUUGAAAGCAGUAGAUACAUUGAUUGAAUAUUUUCAGCAUCAAAAUGAUUUAGAGUUUAAUGAGAAUUAUUAUAAAAAUUUAAAAAAAUAUAAAAUAAAUAUUUGA